AUGAAUUUCAACACCAACGGAAGAGUCAUCCAGCUAGACAGCUACACCGGCAUCUUCCUGCCACCCCACGACUGGUAUUCCGACUCCGUCAAUCGAUAUUCCCUCCUCAUCCCUUCGUCGAGCUGGAACCCUCAAACUGAAGAAGAUGUAAAAUACACACACAGCCUAAUCUUCCUAACACACCCAAUCACCUCUUCUCUGCUUCUCGGCCUCAAGAAACGAGGAUUUGGUAAAGGCACAUACAACGGUAUCGGUGGCAAACUCAAUCCUUCCGAGACAGCCCGAGAAUCAAUCAUCCGCGAAGCAGCUGAAGAAAUCAACGUCAACCUUCUCUCCGAACAGAUAAGCCCGGUCGGAAGGGCGAAAAUUGAUGUCGAACAAGGAGAGAAAGUCUCUAUGGCUGUGUUCGUGGCACGAUUGACAGAAGAGCAGAAGGGACAGGUGAAGGAGAGUGAAGAAAUUGAACCACACUGGUUUGGGCUGGACGAAGGAGGGGAAACAGAGGGUCUGCCUUGGGAGUUGCUGAGGCCUGAACAUCAUAUUUACCUGUCCCUUUUACUAUAUGGGAUUCAGAGGGGAUACCAAAAGAGGAAAGAAGGGUGGGAGAACAGGUUUGAUUUGGAAGUGAAGUUCCAUCCAGAGCCAAAGAAAGAGGACCAGCGACCGGAGAAUGAAAGAACAGUGAAAGAAUGGCGACUCUACGUCUAUGACUCAGGCUUUUCUUGA